UCCUACUUGGACAUCUGCUGGUGGAGCUUCCAGUAGCCAGAGAGGAGAGAGGGGUCCAGCCGCAGCUCCUGAAAUUUCUCUGUUACUUUCCAGAGGGGGAGACUUCAAGGAGGCUGUACUGAAAUUUUGUCGGUUAACUUUUUCUGGGGGUUGAAUAGACUGAUUCAUGUGCUGCUGACCCUCAAGGGCCAAACAUGAAGAUAGGGCUGUCACUGGCCACAGCUGCCUUCCUUGCAGCUCUGCUGUUCUCCGCAGAGGCUCAAGUUGAACCCCCCUCAGACUUGAAAUUUAAAAUUCUAAAUGAAAACUCAGUGCAAAUGUCAUGGACAAGACCCUCAGCAAGCAUAGAUGGCUACAGAAUACAAGUUGUGUCAGACACAGAUGAGCCUGCCAGAGAGUUUACCCUCCAUUAUUCUGCCACUGAAACCUCCCUCACUGACCUGACCCCUGAUCUGGACUACUCAGUGUCCAUAAACUCUUACUAUGGCGCUGAGGAGAGCAUCCCUAUUUUUGGACAACUGACCAUCCAGUCCAGUAACACCAGCGGACGCGUCAGGAGGCCACAGUCAGAUGCAAUCAAGUGUUCAGUCAGUGCGGUGGCAGAUUUGGUUUUUCUGGUGGACGGUUCAUGGAGUGUGGGCAGGGAGAACUUCAAGCACAUCCGUAGUUUCAUUAGCGCCAUGGCAGGGGCUUUUGACAUUGGCGAGGACAAGACCCGAGUGGCCGUGGUCCAGUACAGUACAGACACCCGCACAGAGUUCCCUCUCAACCGCUACACCAAGAGAGGAGAACUCCUCCGAGCCAUCAGCACCCUGCCUUACAAGGGCGGAAACACUAUGACAGGUGAUGCCAUAGAUUAUCUGCUGAAAAACAUCUUCACGGAGGCGGCUGGAUCCAGGAAAGCUUUUCCAAAGGUAGCCAUGAUCAUCACUGAUGGAAAAUCCCAAGACCCUGUGGAGGAGCAUGCUAAAAGACUUAGGAACAUUGGGGUGGAAAUAUUUGUCCUAGGUAUCAAAGGAGCAGAUGAGGAUGAACUGAGGGAAAUGGCCUCAACACCUCACAACAAACAUGUGUACAAUGUGCCCAACUUUGACCUGAUCCAAGAGGUACAGAGGCAGAUCAUCACGGAGGUGUGCUCUGGCGUUGAUGACCAGCUAAACUAUUUGGUCAGCGGAGAAGAAAUGGUGGAGCCAGCCUCUAACCUGCAGGUGACAGAGAUUGCCUCCAAGUCUAUGAGGGUGACAUGGGACCCCUCCCUGGGUGACAUCUCAGGCUACAAGCUCACCCUCAUUCCCAUGCUUGCUGGAAUGAAACGCCAAGAGCUGUACAUGGGCCCCACCCAGACAUCCAUCAAUGUGCGUGACCUUUCUCCUGAGACAGAGUAUGAGAUCAGUCUGUAUGCCCUCAAAGGUCUGGCACCCAGUGAACCUGUCAUGGCCAUGGAGAAGACCCAGCCUGUCAAAGUGUCCACAGAAUGCUCUUUGGGAGUGGAUGUGCAGGCUGAUGUAGUCCUUCUGGUUGAUGGCUCUUACAGUAUUGGAUUACAAAAUUUUGCCAAGGUCCGUGCCUUCCUGGAGGUUCUAGUCAAUUCCUUUGAUAUUGGACCCAACAAGGUCCAGAUUAGCUUGGUCCAGUACAGCCGUGAUCCGCACACUGAGUUCGCUCUCAACACUCACCAUGACAUCAAUGCCGUGGUCAAGGCCGUGCGCACCUUCCCCUACCGUGGAGGUUCCACUAACACUGGCAAAGCCAUGACUUACGUCAGGGAGAAGAUCUUUAUCCCGGCCCGAGGAGCAAGACAAAACGUCCCCCGUGUCAUGGUCCUGAUUACAGAUGGAAAGUCAUCUGACUCUUUUAAGGAUGCGGCAACCAACUUGAGGAAUGCUGAUGUGGAAAUCUUUGCUGUUGGUGUGAAGGAUGCAGUGAGGUCAGAGCUGGAGGCCAUCGCUAAUCCCCCAUCAGACACUCAUGUCUAUGAGGUGGAGGAUUUUGAUGCCUUCCAGAGAAUUUCCAAGGAGCUGACUCAGUCCAUCUGUCUGAGGAUUGAACAGGAGCUGCUCAACAUCAAAAAGAGGAGCCUGCUUCCACCCCAGAAUCUGGUGUUCUCUGAGAUUACCUCCAGAAGCUUCCGUGCCACCUGGACAUCUGCUGCCACCAGCGUUAUGUCCUAUCUGGUGCGUUUCCGCAAGGCAGAAGAUGUCACCGGAGACUACAUUUCUCUGGCAGUGCCCGCUGACACCACCACUGCUGUCCUGCCUCACCUCUUCCCUCUUACCACCUAUGAGGUCAAUGUCUUUGCUCAGUAUGACAAAGGAGACAGUUUCCCUUUGACUGGCGAAGAGACCACACUUGAAGAACAAGGGACUGUACGAAACCUACGAGUAACCGAGGAGUCGACAGACAGUUUCAGAGUGUCGUGGCAAGCUGCUCCAGGUGCAGUGAUCCGGUAUCGCCUGUCCUACAUCCCACUAAGUGGCACUGGGGAGAUGCUGGAGGCCCAGACCAUUGGAUCUGAAACCACUAUAGUUCUGCAGGAGCUAUUCCCCAUCACCACCUACCGUGUGUCUGUGUCUGCUGAGUACGCCACAGGACUGGGAGAGGAGAUGCAGGUGGAUGGCACCACCAAGGAAGUCCGUGGCUCUCCGCGCGACCUGCGCGUUUCUGAUGAGACCAUAUCUACAAUGAAACUGUCAUGGCAGGCUGCCCCAGGCAAUGUCAUUCAGUACCGCAUUGCCUAUAAACCUGCCGAUGGCGGUGAGAGGAAGGAGAUUGGUGUGAAGGGAGAUACUACCCAAGCUGUGCUGAAGAACCUCCAAGCAGCCACUGAAUAUGAGCUGUUCGUUAGUGCGAGAUACUCCUCUGGUUUGGGCGAGCCUCUUCUCGGCACAGGAACCACUUUGGAAGAACUUGGCUCGCCCAAAGACUUGGUGACCACAGACGUCACUGACACCAGUUUUGUUGUGUCCUGGACUGCGGCGCCCGGUAACGUUCGCCAUUACCGGGUCAGGUGGAAGUCUCUGUUCACUGAAGAGGCUGGAGAAAAGACAGUGCGAGGAGACAUUACAACCACAGUUUUGGAGGGUCUCACCCCAGAGACACGUUAUCAGGUCUCAGUGUACGCCGGCUAUGGCCAUGGAGAGGGGGAGCCAUUGGUGGGAGAGGAAACCACAGAUGUCUCGGCCGCCGGCAGAAUGAUAGUUGUGUCUGAGGAGACAGAGAAGACCAUGAAGGUGACAUGGCAACCGGCACCUGGCAAUGUGGUCAACUACCGUGUGACUUACAAACCCAAAUCAGGAGGGCGCCAGCUGGCUGCCAAGGUGCCUGGUGGCACGACCUCCACUGUUCUGAGACGCCUUACUCCUGUGACGACGUAUGAAAUCACCGUGCUGCCCGUGUACCGUCAAGGGGAGGGAAAAGCAAGGCAAGGAGAAGGAACAACAUUGUCACCCUUCAAAGGCCCCAGGAACCUGCAGACCUCAGAACCCACCAAAACCAGUUUCCGUGUUACCUGGGACCCUGCUCCAGGUGAUGUUAGGGGCUACAAAGUUACUUUCCACCCCUCAGAAAAUGACAUUGACCUCGGAGAGCUUCUGGUCGGGCCCUAUGACAACACUGUGGUGCUGGAGGAGCUAAGAGCGGACACCAAAUACUCAGUGAGUGUGUUUGGUAUGUUUGACGGAGGACAGAGUAUGCCAUUGGGUGGUGAGGAGAAAACCACUCUCUCUGAUGCACCUGAGCCACCUCCGAUUGAACCAGGAGAUGUGAUGUGUAAGACCACAGCCCAGGCCGACAUUGUUCUGCUGGUGGAUGGCUCCUGGAGUAUUGGACGUCUCAACUUUAAGACCAUUCGUGCGUUCAUUGCCCGCAUGGUGGGAGUCUUCGACAUUGGCCCUGAAAGGGUCCAGAUCGGUCUGGCUCAGUACAGUGGGGACCCAAAGACUGAAUGGCACCUAAACGCCCACAGAAACAGGGACGCACUGCUGGAGGCUGUGACUAAUUUGCCAUACAAAGGAGGCAACACCAUGACUGGUCUGGCUUUGAACUACAUCCUCCAGAAUAAUUUCAAAGAGAACGUCGGGAUGCGACCCAGCGCUCGGAAGAUUGGUGUACUGAUCACUGAUGGCAAGUCCCAGGACGACAUUAUUGCCAACUCUCAGAACCUCAGAGACCAGGGCAUUGAGCUCUAUGCCAUCGGUGUGAAGAAUGCUGAUGAGAAUGAGCUGAGGUCCAUUGCCUCUGAUCCAGAUGAAAUUCACAUGUACAAUGUGGCUGACUUCUCCUUCCUGUUGGACAUUGUGGACAAUCUCACAGACAAUCUCUGUAAAAGUGUCAAGGGAACAGGAGGCGCACUUGAAGCACCAACUAACUUGAUAACAUCCCAGGUGACCCCCUACUCCUUCCGCGCCACAUGGACUGGCCCCGAGGGCCCAGUGGACAAGUACCGUGUCGAGUACAUGACUCUCACUGGACGUGUACAGCAGGUGGUUGUGGACGGUACAGAGAACACGGUGGUUCUCCAGAGCCUCAACCCCCUGACCGAGUACCUGGUCAACGUCUACUCAGUUGUGGGAGAGGAGAGCAGCGAACCACUCAAAGGAACCGAGACCACAUUGCCUUUGAGCGCAGUGAGGAGGAUGAACAUCUACGAUGAGCAGGCCACCACCAUGCGGGUGAAAUGGGAGGAGGCAGAGGGUGCCACAGGCUACAUGCUGCUCUACAGUGCCAUCAAUGCCACUGAGCCUUCUCUGGAACAGGAGAUGAGGGUGGGAGGGGAUGUAACGGAAGUCCAGCUGGUGAGGUUGCUCCCCAACACUGCCUACACGCUUUCCCUCUUCGCCCUCCACGGAGAGUCAGCUAGCGAGCCACUCACUGAGCAGGGAGUCACUCGGCCCCUACCACCUGCAGGUGUGCUGACGGUACGUGACGUCACUCACAGCACCAUGAGGCUCAUCUGGGAAGCUGCUCCCGGUCCUGUUCGCAAAUACCUCAUCACUUACAAGCCUGAGGAUGGAGAAGCUAAAGAGCUGGAAGUGGGUGGAGGAGUGACCACCAGGAAACUGGAAAACCUGAUCUCACAGACCGAGUAUGGCCUGGCUGUUACUCCAAUCUAUGACGAGGGACCAGGCCAGCCAAUGCUGGGAGAUGCCAUCACUGAUGUGGUUCCUGCCCCCAAGAACCUGCGCUUCUCAGAAGUGACACACUCUAGCUUCAGAGCCACCUGGGAUCAUGGAGCCCCUGACGUGGCCCUCUACCGCAUCGGCUGGACCAAGAAAGGAGAAAACAACUUCCAAUAUGCCAUUCUUAACAGUGAUGAGACAACCCACGUCCUGGAGAACUUGGAGGCAGAUACGCCCUAUGAUGUGUCUGUUACUGCCAUCUACCCUGAUGAAUCAGAGAGCGAGGAUCUGCUUGGCACUGAGAGGACAUUGUACAGAGACUCUGGGUCAGUACCAUUCCCAAGUCCCACCAACCUGCUUGUGUUCAAUGAGACCAUCACCACUCUGAACGCCAGGUGGGAACCUGCCCCAGGCCGUGUCCAGAACUAUCGGAUCACCUAUGUCCCCACCGCUGGAGGCAGGAGCCUGACUACCCAGGUUGGCGGGAAGAAGACCACCGUUCUGCUCCCCAAACUGACCCCUGACACUGAGUACGCCAUUAGUGUGGUGGCAGUCUAUGCCAAAGGUGUCAGCAGGGAGCUGAAAGGCCUUGGCAAAACCAAGCCUCUUGGAGGUGUGAGGAACCUGCAGGUCACUGACCCCACCACCAGCACCCUCAAUGUCCAGUGGGAGGCUGCUGAGGGCAACGUACGUCAGUAUAGGAUCUUCUAUGUCCCUGCAACCGGAGGAGCUGAGGAGAUGGAGCAGGUAUCUGGAAGCACCUACAAGACUGUCCUGAGAAACCUGCAGUCUGAUACUGUUUAUACUGUAACUGUGGUGCCUGUCUACUCCGCUGGAGAGGGACAACGCCUGUCCGAGAAUGGCAAGACAUUGGAACGUAGCCCAGUCAGGAACAUCCAGGUUUUCAACCCCACCACCAACACCCUGAACGUGCGCUGGGAGCCUGCCACGGGCCCAGUCCAGCAGUACCGGGUGGUGUACUCCCCGCUGACCGGCACCAGACCCUCUGAGUCGGUUGUGGUACCAGGAACCACCACCACAACCGUGCUGGAGCAGCUGCUCCCAGACACACCCUACAAUGUCGGGGUGGUCGCUCUGUACGCCGACGGAGAGGGACCCGCAAUCAGCGACAGUGGAAAAACACUUCCCCGCAGUGGCCCCAGGAACAUGCGUGUGUACGACCCCACCACCAGUACUCUGUCUGUGAGUUGGGAACAUGCUCAGGGUCCUGUCAUACAGUACCGCAUCACCUAUGCCCAGACCACCGGAGAUCCCAUCGAGGAAUAUACUACAGUACCAGGCAACAGGAACAAUGUGGUCUUGCAGAACCUGGAUCCAGACACUCCCUAUAAUAUCAAAGUGACUGCCAUCUAUGCAGAUGGACCAGGAGGAGAGCUGGAGGGAGAUGGACGCACAGUGGGUAUGCUCGGCCCCAGGAACCUGCGUGUUUCUGAUGAGUGGUACACACGCUUCAGGGUAUCCUGGGACCCAGCUCCCGCCAGGGUUAAUGGAUACAAGCUGAUCUAUCAGCCUGAAGGUUCAGAUGAGUCUUUGGAGGUGUUUGUUGGAGAUGUGACCUCCUACCAACUGCACAACCUGAAACCUGGAACCACCUAUGACCUGAAGGUGCUGGCCCAGUACGACGCAGGCCUCAGUGCACCUCUGAUUGGACAAGGCACUACACUGUACCUGAAUGUGACCGACCUGACCACAUACAACGUUGGCUACGACUCUUUCUGCGUCCGAUGGGCCCCUCACAGAGCAGCCACCUCUUACAGGCUGAGAAUCGCUCCCUUUGACCCCUCCAACAGUGGAGCCCAGGAGAUCACUGUCAGAGGCUCAGAGAGUAGUUACUGUUUUGAUGGCUUGACCCCUGACGCCCUCUACAACGCUACUGUUUACACCCAAACCCCCAACCUGGAGGGACCUGGCGUCAGUGUCAAGGAGAGGACAUUGUUCAAACCCACAGAGGUGCCGACAAAGCCACCCACCCCUCCUCCUCCAGCUACCAUCCCCCCUGCUCUAGACGUGUGCAAAGGUGCCAAGGCAGACCUGGUCUUCCUCAUUGAUGGUUCCUGGAGUAUUGGAGACGAGAGCUUCAACAAAGUCAUCCAGUUUGUCUUCAGCAUGACAGGAGCCUUUGAUGUCAUCAGCCCUAGAGGCAUGCAGGUGUCAUUUGUGCAGUACAGCGAUGAUGCCAAGACUGAGUUCAAGCUGAACACUUACCAUGACAAGGGCAUAGUGCUGUCAGCUUUGCAGACAGUCCGCUACAGAGGAGGAAACACCAAGACAGGUGUUGCUCUGAAGCAUGUCUACGAGAAGGUCUUCACCUCCGACAGCGGCAUGAGGAGGAACGUCCCCAAGGUGCUGGUGGUGGUCACAGACGGACGCUCCCAGGAUGAAGUGAAGAAGAGUGCUGAAAAACUGCAGCAUGCCGGCUACAGUGUGUUUGUGGUUGGCGUGGCCGAUGUGGACAUGACAGAGUUGAGAAUUAUCGGCAGCAAGCCCAGUGAAAGACAUAUUUUCGUGGUGGACGACUAUGACGCCUUUGCCAAGAUCCAGGACAACCUGAUCACCUUCAUCUGUGAAACCGCCACCUCCACUUGCCCUCUGAUCUACAUCAAUGGUUUCACCACACCUGGUUUCAGGAUGCUGGAGGCCUUCAACAUCACAGACAGGACAUUCGGUGCCAUCAACGGUGUAUCCAUGGAGCCAGGCUCUUUCAACAGCUACAUUGCCUACAGGCUGCACAAGGAUGCCUUCCUCAAUCAGCCCACCAAGGAGGUCCACCCAGAGGGUCUUCCCCCAACCUACACCAUCAUCCUCCUCUUCCGUCUCCUCCCAGACACACCCACCGACCCCUUUGAUAUCUGGCAGAUUGCCGACAGCAGCAGCAACCCUGAGGUCGGGAUCACCGUCAACCCUUCCAGCAAAUCCAUCACAUUCUACAACAAGGACACCCGAGGAGAGAUCCAGAAAGCCACAUUUAAUGAGGAGCAAGUGAAGCGAGUUUUCCAUGGGAGCUUCCACAAGCUCCACAUCAGCAUCUCCCCAGAGAAAGUCAAGCUCAACGUGGACUGCCAAGAGGUGGCAGAGAAGCCCAUCAAGCAGGCCAACAACAUCUCUCUGGAUGGAUAUGAAGUGCUUGGCAAAAUGAGCAGGUCUGGAGGCGGAAGGAGGCAAUCUGCAACAUUCCAGCUCCAGAUGUUCGAUAUUGUCUGCAGCUUGAGCUGGACCAGCCGAGACAGAUGUUGCGACCUGCCCGCCACAAGAGAUGAGGCCAAGUGCCCAUCGCUUCCCCACUCCUGCACAUGCGCACAGGACAGCAUUGGCCCUCAGGGACCUCCCGGACCUUCGGGCAGCCCCGGUACUAAGGGACCGCGAGGAGAGAGAGGAGAAAGUGGCCCAGCUGGUUCAAUGGGUCCACGCGGUGAGCCAGGGCUUGCAGGUCCAAUGGGACCACCAGGUCCACAAGGCCCUAACGGACUGUCUCUACCUGGAGAACCUGGUCGGCCCGGACCAAAAGGAGAUCCCGGAGACCCAGGCCUGCCUGGCCUGCAAGGUCCCUCUGGGCAUCCUGGCCGCUUAGGCCCCGUUGGACCAAGUGGAGUACGGGGACCACCAGGAAAGGAGGGACCAUCUGGACCCAGAGGCCCACCAGGACCAAUGGGAAGCCCUGGAAAUCCAGGAACACCAGGAAUUACUGGGAAACCAGGGAAACCAGGAGAAACAGGAAACCCAGGACCAGUUGGCAUGAAAGGAGAAAAGGGAGAGAGAGGAGACUUUGCAUCCCAGAACAUGAUGCGCUCCAUUGCAAGACAAGUUUGUGAACAGCUUGUCAACAGCCAAAUGAGCAGAAUUGAUAUGAUGCUCAACCAGAUUCCCUCUGGCUACCGAAGCAACACUCCAGGGCCACCUGGCCCUCCUGGCCCUCCUGGCAGCCAGGGAUCUCGCGGAGAGCCUGGCCAGCCUGGCCGAAGUGGCUUCCCAGGAAGUCCAGGUUUACCUGGAAACCAAGGAGAACGAGGUUUGCCAGGAGAGAAGGGAGAAAGAGGAUCUCCUGGAACAGGAAUGAGAGGACAAAGAGGACUGAGUGGUCCACCAGGGCCACCAGGCGAGUCAAGAACAGGCCCCCCAGGCCCCUCAGGCUCCGCUGGGCCUCGUGGACCUCCAGGUCGCCAGGGUACUCCAGGGGUGAGGGGACCACCUGGCCCCCCUGGCUACUGCGACUCCUCUCAGUGUGUCGGCAUUCCUUACAAUGGACAAGGAUACCCAGGUUCGGCAUAGUAAACAAUCUAGGUCGCCUGUGCUGCUUACACUUUGAAGUCCUGUUUCUGAGAUGUUUGCCCAUUUGCUAAGGGGCAUGUAAGGAUAAUCACCAUGGACAUAAUUAAUGAACAACAUAAAAGCAAACGAUAAAUCAAAAACAGAAAGGAGUGGACUGGCACUAACAUCAUCUCACAGCUACAAGCUACAGUGAUGGCAACCUACUGGCCUGUUUGCAUCUUGAACCAAAAUCCGAUGGGGGAAAAAAACAGAGAGAGGGCAUUUCUACGAAGGAAGGAGCAUGUACAAAAACCCACCCAAAGCAACUACUAACAACAAGUGGAUUUUUAUAACUGAGGCAGUAUUAAUGUAGAGGUGAUAUCUGUAAAUAAACUAAUGUUUUGCCUUGUAAAUGAUUUAUGAACCACAACAUUUCACUAAAAAAAAAAAAUCAUGUUAACAUCUGUUUUGAGCUUGUGCCUUAUAACCCUCUGCUUACUUACUGCCAGCAUAACCCCUGUUUACAAUGCCUUAAGUGAUUUAAACAGCUAAGUGCUCUGGUCCAGACUGAAGCAUGUUCCAUUUGUACAUUUUAUCAUCAUGUUGUUUGUGUACGUUGGCCAAAUCAGUGCUAAAUGUUGCUGUCCUGCCAUUUCCAUUUAUCUUUUUAAUAUCAUGUGGUUAUUUUUACUCAAUGGUGUGCCAUUAUUAUCUUAUCCCUUGAUGGGUUAUUAUUGUAAAUUUCCUUGCAAUAUUUUGAAGCAGUUUUUUUUUUUUUUUUUUUUUUUUUUUUUUUUGUUACUUUGUAUGGUUUGAACAAGCAAUAAAAUUUUUGAGGCUUCCUAGAAAUAGUAAGAAGCCGUUCAGUAGCUUGACAUUUUAGGGCAUUUUAGGAAGUCCAUAGCGUCGUGCAAUAUAAUUUAAAUUGUGCAUGUGAAAGAUUGUAGAAGGAACACUUUUUGAUUGGCCAAACCAAAUAUUUUCUAGCCAACCGCUACGAGCCUGAACCUGAGGUAGUGUCUAUACCUGUGGAGCCAGCCGAAGAAUAUGAGACUAUACAAUCACCCGGUUACUCACGAAACCAACGAGGAAAGAGGUCACUACCAAGAGACGAUACAGAGAGAAUAGCG